UAGGGAAAAAAAAAAAAUCUGGAAACGCGAGGGGUUGGGCUGAACUUCCCUUGUAGAACCGCGCGGACCUUCUGCUAGGACUCAGGCCCUGCUUCGGCUCAGCCCAGUGGCUCGGCGCACCUACCAACAUGGAGCCGCGGCCUCGUCUUGGGGCCACCUGUUUGCUGGGCUUCAGUUUCCUGCUCCUCGUCACCUCUUCUGAUCGACCUAAUGGGCUUGGAAAGGGUUUUGGAGAUCACAUUCAUUGGAGGACACUAGAAGAUGGAAAGAAAGAAGCAGCUGCCAGUGGAUUACCCCUGAUGGUGAUUAUCCAUAAGUCCUGGUGUGGAGCUUGCAAAGCUUUAAAGCCCAAAUUUGCAGAAUCUACAGAAAUUUCUGAACUGUCCCAUAAUUUUGUUAUGGUAAAUCUUGAGGAUGAAGAGGAGCCCAAAGAUGAAGAUUUCAGCCCUGAUGGGGGUUAUAUUCCACGAAUCCUUUUCCUGGAUCCCAGUGGCAAAGUGCGUCCUGAAAUCAUCAAUGAGAAUGGAAACCCCAGCUACAAGUAUUUCUACAUCAGUGCUGAGCAAGUUGUUCAGGGGAUGAAGGAAGCUCAGGAAAGGCUGACGGGUGAUGCCUUCAGAGAGAAACAUCUUGAAGACGAGUUGUAGCAUGAGUGUAUCCCUUCUUUCAUCAAAGUGAUUAUUCUCGAGGGAAAGCAGUACUGAAGGGAAUAUUGAGGAAUCACUCAGAACAAAUUAAACGGAUCAGGAAACCUUGCUCCUGCCCACAUGGGAAGGGGCCCUCUCACUGUGGAAGAGUUCUGCUGCCAGAAGCUGGUCUCCAUGCCUGUGGAUCCUGUCCCUUCUCACCUAAACGUCUCUUCGUCAUCGAAGGUAAAGAAUGACACCUUGUGACACAAAACUUGAACCAUUUGGAGGUGUACUCCUCACACUGCAGUAUUUGAAUCUUUCCAUUUCCUCCUGCUUCAGUCACCUUGGUGGUGAAAAGAGACCAGGAGCAUCUUUUCUAUAAUGUUAAAAUUGCACAAAUAGCUUAUCAUUAAAAGACAAUAAAUGCUAAAUGUAAAUUAGUCAUUUUGCCCCUCCAAGGAGACCAGCCUAUUUCUUCUCUUUUUAUCCUGGGAAUAAUCCUGGGUUUCUUCGUGAAUCCCUGCAACUUCCUUCCUCUUCUCUGGCUUGCCUUCCCAGUUGGCACGCAUGCGUGUGCAGCAAUGGCUGGAAGCAUGCUUUCCCCUGUUACUGUUGGAGAAACUCAAACCUUCAAGCCCUAGGCGGAGCCAUUUUUGUCAAGUCGUCAACUGUAUUUUUGUACUGGAGUUAACAAAAAAGAAAAGAAAAGAAAAAAAUAUUAAUUGUUCCACUAAACUUUAAUAAAACUUUAAAAGGAAA